AUGUCUAACACAAGUAUUUAUUCAUACCUCUUUCUGCCAAAUUUCUCGCGGAAGGUUUUAAAAGAUUUGGAUACAUCAGUAAUGAAUCUUGUCGUUCCACUUUGGAGGACCUUGCAAGGAGAUAAAGAAAAAAUUCGGUUGCAAGUUGAAACAUUGAUACGUGAAAAAGAACGAGAGAUUGUCGCGGUGCGACGCAAAGUUGAAUGGGAAAUGAACGGUAUAAUAUUCUUAAACACUGAAAUUAGAACGACAUAACUAAUUACAAUAAAUUCUUAAAAUUGUCUAUUAAAGCGUUCAAAAGAUAAUGGGAGCAUAUUUAAUCAGUUUAGAAGUCGUAUAUGGGGCCUAUUUCAGAGACAUGGCAAAUAUCUCCUCAUAUACGAGAACAAUUCAUGCACAAAUAGCUGCAAUAUGUAACUACUAAGCUUGAAACCUGUGCUCCCAUUAUGAUAAGCCUUGCACGCUUAGAGUUCAAAGUUUAGAGGCCUGGUUUAUAGAGUUUAAGGUUUGCAAAGGACAACCUUUGUUGAAUUGGCUGUAUAUCACAUACUUGUGCCUUUAUCAGGGCGGUAACAGGGUGACAAAAGCCGAUAUGUCAAUGAUAUCGUUUUUUCUCCAGUGGCAAUUAUUACCCUUCCAAUGACGUAAUCUUACUUACAUAUAAAUAUCUUUUGGACUAGAUUAACUUGAGACUCAUGAAUUGUAGUUGUGCUUUGAAGUGUUUUCUUGUGUUUAAACGGAUGUCUAGUAUUAAUUGUUUUAUCUUUGUUGUCUUUAGGCAAAACCGAGACAUUUCUCAAUGACGCGUUAGCAGAAGCCAGAAGAUAUGCCCAGAAAGUUUUCCCAGUUUUGGAAAAGUCCGUACGUAUAAAUUUCAAUCCUGAUAUACAGAACUCAUAUAUGACACGCAGUUCGGUUAAGUACCGGUAAUAGAACCCUAUAUCAUUAAUAAUUCAUGAGUAAAUUAGCCGAACAUAGUGCUUUAUUUUGCUCACAUGAUAAUACUGGAUACCUGAUGAAGUAUAUUGAUCCAAUCCUAGGACUGGAUCAAAAUUAAUUUAGUCCUUGGACUGGAUCAAAAUUAACUCAACUCACUUUAAGUAUAGUGAUAUGAGAUGUCAUUUUAAAUCCUCCAAUUCGGACUGGACUGAAUUUCAAGUCACCCUCCCAUUUUGAUCCAGUCCUCGGAUUCGCCUCGGACAUGAUCAAAUUGCGCGGAUUUGAAAUCUAGUCCAGUCCUCAUAGUCGCAUUUGAAGUAUUACGUACAAGGAUGGGUUGACUACAAAAUUUUUGUAGUUCGCUAUAACUACAGCUACUUCAAAAAUAUGUAGUCAGCUACAACUACUGCUACUUUUGAACAAAGGUAGUUCGCUACUGACUACAGCUACUGCUUAAAAAAUGUAGCGAACUAUUUCGCUAUUUCGCUACACUAUAUUUUUUAGUUUUACUAUAUUUGGAGCAUCUACUAACUCAGACAGUAAUGUAAUCUAUAACAAAUCGACUUACGAGUCGCAACAGUAAACACAAAGCAACAUUUUUGUAAGCACUACAGUGUUCAGGAGUGCAAUUGAGUAUUGAUUUUAAACAAACCGUGUCUCAAUAUCAUGCUAUUCUAUCAAGUUGCUAACAAUUUUAAAAAGUAGCGAAUAGCGAUUCGCUGUUUGAAAAGUAGUCAACUACUUGGCUACUUUUAGGCAAAAUGUAGUUCGCUAUAACUACAACUACUGUUUUAAAAAAGUAAUCAAACUACUGGCUACUUGAAAAUUGUAGUUCGCUUGCCAAGUGCCCUUUUUCCGGGAGCAAAGUGCCCUUUUCUUGCGUCAGAAAAAUGUCAUUAAGAUUGCAUUUUUUGCCCAAAGGGCACUUUUGAAAACUUGAAUCUAUGUAAUUCCUGGAAAAAUUUUUUUCAUUUCCGGGAAAAAUAUCAUAUAUCCGGAAAAUUUUUUGGUAUAUCCGGAAAAUUUUUUUCAUGUUUAGGAAGAAAUGUGAUAUAUCUGGAAAAUUUUUUGGUAUGUCCGGAAAAUUUUUUUGAGAUAACCUCCCCCCCGUCGCCAACAUUCGCGGGGAAAAAUUUUUAGAUGCCCUUUUUUUUUCGAAAAGUGCCCCUCAAAGCCUGCCUCCCCCCCCCCCCAACUUUUAGAAGCUUCCUACGCCCCUGAACAGAAUCUUGAUAUAUGCUCGAAAUAACCCUUCUACAAUAGACUUCAAUGUUUAAUUGAUAGUUACUCCAGUUAGUUUAGUUAGCUUUAUUUAAUUACAGUCUAUAUCCCUUUGUAUAAAGAUGUUCGAUGCAUUAUGCGAAGUGCGGAAUAUUUACCAAAGAAAUGUUGUCGAAAUUGGAAUUGAUGUUGAACAACGAGAGGAGGUCGAAAUACCGGUACAAAUGGUGAGACAUUUGAAUAUUUUUUAUUUAUUUUAUUCAUUUGUAUUUGUAUUUUCGAUUCCUGCCACGGACCUAAUUUCCAUCUACAAGACUCGUCAUAAAAAAUAAUUGCCUCUUAAGGUAAUUCCGCACUUUUGCAUUGCGCACUUUUACUGCGCACAUCGUAUAACUUAUAAUUUCAUCCAUUAUACGACUAUACGUACCGUUUAAAACAAAUCAUUUUAUGACAAUUUUAUGUUACUUCAACACAUCUUUGGUUACAUUCGUGCAAAGAAUUACGUUAAAAUCAAUGUUUUCAAAAAAGGCAUACAAAAGCGUAGCUAGGGUUCCCUGUGUCUGUAGUAUAUUUAUUUACUUGUAUUUCACGUUUUAAUGCCACAACUCCCUAAAAAGAUCGGUGACCCCCGUUUUUUAACUGAUAAUUUAUUUCUUUAAUGCAUUUUACAUUUCAUAUCCGAAAUUAAAAGAAAAAUCAUUUCUGGAUCUUGAAAAAAAAAUCCUUUAUCAAUGCAUGUUCUCAAAGAAAGAUAUGUAAAGAAAUGUGGAAAAGACUUUUGUGGAUCAGAAUUGUACACGUUAGUAGUUUCAUUUUGCUCAAAACACAAUAUUUUUUCAAAAAUAAUUACAAGAUAGGUUUACUAAAGCAAAAUCCGCGCUAAAAACGUCAAUAAAUAUCGGGCUGUUGUGAUUUUGCUGUUACUCAUAAUGAGCGUCAAGAUGGCGCCAUAUUGGGGUAAAGGUGGUGUAUUGUGAUUGUCAUACCUUCUUAACGAGUUCGGUGACCCCGACGUUAUUGUGCGAUUUUACUUUAAGUAUAUCAUAAACUCCAUGCUUGGGGAAGUUUCAGCACAUUCUCAUUUCGGGAACAAUUACUGCGGAAUUACCUUAAGUGCGAAAAUGUAUUUACAUGUGUUUUAAAAUUAUGCUUCAAAGGACAUCUACAAAAUGAUUUUUUUUCAAAUCAUCCUGUUUAUAGUAUAUCGACUCGCUUGAUAUGUUAGCACGAACACCAUCAGAAAUGGAAACUGCUUAUCAAUUUCUUGACUCAAUGGAGAAAGAAUUAGCAUCUCUUCAAUAUGAUCUAAGUUCGUUUGACUUUACUGUGAUAAUGUCACAAGCGCGGGAGAGACUCAGGCAUGUCAUGGAUGCGUUGGUGAAUACAUUCCAACAACGAUUUCUGGAAGUUUCCCGUGGUAUCGAAGGAAAACAGAAACACAAGCAGCUACGAGCCUUGAUUGAAGAUGUUGAUGACGAAGUUGCGAAUGUAUGUAAAGGUGUACUACUUUGAUAAAAAGAAUGGGGAAGGUAGCAAACAAAAUUAACUUUAUUUAUAUACAGGAUAGCUUUAUCAGUCCUGAACUGUUAAGCACACCCUAUAGCGGUCCAGGGUUGGAUUUAGCCAGAUCUGGUAGGUAUAGGGGUGCUCAUCAAUGGUCAUGUUUCGGGGUGCGACCGUUUACCAAGUUCACAAUCAUUUGGAGCAACGCACAGCAGUGCUCUGUAGAGUGGGCAAAACAUUACUCCUGUACAUUGUCCAGGGGCAUUAUUAUAAGUAAUAGCAUGGCAUUCAGGUCAAUUAGUGAUUAAAUGUACCCGAAAGCCGAGAGAGGUUUAGUAAGAGAGAUUUAAUCGACCGUAAUGCCAUGCUAUCACUUUGUAAUAUCAUAGCUACCAAGACAAUGAAACGGUUUCAUUCGAUUGUAUAAGUUGAAAUGAAAAGGCGCGUUUGCUUUUUAUACUAAUGACUAUUGGGAUGUUCGUUAAUGAGGUUACGGUUGAUUUUUCAUGUCUUUUUGAACAUCAAUAUAAGAGGCUAUGCAUAAAGAUGAGGAGCGGGAUGAUAUUAGUUUCUAAUCGUCCCUCUGUUUUAGCAAUGAGGUAAAUUAGUCAUUAAUUGCAUCUCGCGAGACAAAGGAUUUCGAGGUAGCUAUGGUAUUAUAUUAUUAUCGUAAUGAUGACAGGGUAGUGCUCUUUCAAACUUUGAUUUGAUACUAACGGCUUGGUAAAGAGGGUGCGCAAUCCCCCCCCCCCCCCAAACCAGUAAAUAUAUCUCACUUCAGAAGAGUACCUGGAAAAAACUUGCGGUGUUUGGUAGACUCAAACUGGAAGUGUUCCUCCACAUGCGACCGAGGCAAAUUUGCAAUCAGACUGCGCACUGCAGGAAUCGAAUCACAGUCGGAGUGGUGCAAGAGGCAUGCAUUAACUACUUCGCCACCAAUAUCCAGGGCAAAAAUUUUACAACAUUUGUUACUUUAAUUUUGUUUCAGAAAUUUGAGGAUGAUCUGAGGGAAAUCAUCUACAGUUUCAACAUGGGGACGCUGAAGACAGUUUUUCUUCCCUACAUACAUAAGAACAUUGAUGGGAACUGCCUUAGGGUAAGAUAUGACAGAAUUCAAAGAAUAAAUAUGCAUUAUCGUAUUGCUAUCCCUUCACAGUCAGAAUUUGUUUCUUUUAUAAAGUUGGUGGAGUCAGCAGACAGUGUUAUUCCUGAACACUUAAAGAUUGUUAUCAACAGGAAUAAUGAAUACAGACGUCUAGUUGAAAAAUCUGUUGAGGAAUUAUUAAAGCAAGGUAAACUUGAUUUACUCGAUGGGAGCUGAAUUUUUAUUGAUGCAUCUGGAACUCAGUGAGCUCUAUUGAUAUUUACUAAUACCCUACCUUCCACUAUGCUUCCACCUUCUGAAGCAGGCGGUAAAGAAUUCGAACAAUGGGCCUUUCCCCUUAUAACUAAAAUUUUGAUCUAGACAAGUGUAGACAAAAAUUUCAUCACAGCUUGAAAGAGCAUCACAAAAUUAGUAAUAUUCCAAAGUUUCGUUGCGAAAUGUUGUAAAAUGCGGAUAAUAUAGCCCUGCGAAAUUUGCAAUUUUCAGUCAUUUUGUAUUACAAACGGGAAAUUGAUGCCCCAACACCCGAUUGGGCUGUCAAUUUCCCAUGCGUAAUACAAAAUGACUGAAAAACGGCAAACUUCGCAAGGCUAUAUUAUCCGCAUUUUACAACAUUUCGCAACGAAACUUUGGAAUAUUACUAAUUUUGUGAUGCUCUUUCAAGCUGUGAUGAAAUUUUUGCCUAGAUCAAAAUUUUAUUUAUAAGGGGAAAGGUUCAUUCACUAAGCUUAUAGCUACUAUAACUAGUUUAAUUUCUCAUCCUUUUAGUAAUGAGCGCAAACGUCGAAGCAAAACAGCGCGCUUUCAGGUCAAGUUUGCGAAACAGCCGUCGAAAGACAUUUCCGAAAUUCAGCAGCCGUCAGACAAAAUUCCAAGACGCCGACAAACGACCAAAACUCAUGCGUAGGACGUCACUUCCGGUGACGAAACCCGGAAGCAGUUUGUUCAAGGGUCAUGAAAGGAAGGCUUCUCUGGCUUCGUUAACUAAUCUUUUUUGCCUGCCAGUUCAGACAAACAUGAAGGAUUUCCGUGAUUCGGGUGUGUAUGACGUCAUGGAGGAUACGAGUAGCAGUGAAGAUAGUAUGCAAGAAAUCAAGUUGACUUUAAAACGCGGAAAUGUGCCUGGGCUUGGAUCGAAAACGUGACAGUCCAAAGAUAUUCAGAUACAAACAGAUUAGGAUAUCAGUUAUAUGUUACGCGAACGUACCAAAAGGAACUUUACCAUAUAGGUAAAGGUUGAUGUAAACUAUCAUCAAAGUAUCAAACAAAUUCAUUUUGUUGUCCAAGGCAAUCUGGGAAAGAUUGUUGCGAAUUGUCUGAUUCCCAAUGGUGUGCAAAUCAGUAAACAUUGUUUCGUAGCCAUGUUUCUCAAGAGCGGGCAAACUAGGAAACAUUGUUUCCUAGCCAUGUUUCUCAAGAGUGCGCAAACUAGCCGUGUUUCCCAAUGGUGUGCAAAUCAGUAAACAUUGUUUCCUAGCCAUGUUUCCCAAGGGUGGACAAACCAGGAAACAUUGUUUCCACUGAGCUAUAUUUCCCAAAGGUGGACAAACCAGGAAACAUUGUUUCCUGGCCAUGUUUCUGGUGGACAAACUGGGAAACGUUGUUGGAAUGCAGAAACAUUGUUUCUUAGCUAUAUUGGAUUUCCAUAUGUUUCCACGUAAUAAGAUUUACUCGUUUGCAUACAUUUCAAGUAUGGAAGAGCAAAACAGUGCUUUUCUAAUAAAGUAUUAAAUAUUAGUAAGUAAAUAUUAAAGCAAGAAUAGAGGUAAAUAUUGGAUAAUUUUUUGGAAUAUAUAGUCGUACGCAUUAUUGAUUGUAAAUACCAGUUUGUGAAUAAUGAAAGAUGGUUUCAUAUAUAUGGAAAUCAUUGGGAUUUUUCUAGCUAAUUAUUUAUUUUAAAUUAUUAUAUAUUGUGUAUUAAGCUUACUAAGAUAUAAAGAUUAUAUUCAUUAAAUCAAUAAACGGUAUAUUCAUUAUGAAUGUCCAUCAUUUC